AUCGAUCAAAUGGAGGUGAUUGGUUUUACGGGAGAAACAGAAGUUGCGUUUUCGGAGACGGAGAUGGAAGCGGCGGAGCAGCUAGUGCAGUUGAGCGAAGAUGAUACGUUGAGUUGUUGCAGCGGUACAAGCUGGAGCAUCAGCGAAGGCGGAAGCAAUGCGAAGAGACAUGAAAAUUUUGUUAAUUCGGAGAGUUAUGAUAUGGUCGGAAAUAAGCAAAACGACGGCAUACAGACGAUGCAUAAGAAUGUUACGGACGGACAAAGUUUUGUGACGGCAAUCAAAGAAACCAACAUCAUCAUAAGGAGAAAUAAGAAAAAGAAGUUUCGGUCUCUCGCGAGUAUUUACAGAGCGACGAAUGAGAUGAGCUAGGUAGCUAGCUCGCGACGUUGGGGUUGAUGGCUAUUUACGUUUUAGUGACGUUGCCUAAAUCGUGUUUUAUGUCAUUGUUUCCGCUUUUUGUAUGUGAUAUGAUUCCAUUAGCGUUUAUUAAUCAGAAGAUGUGCUGGAAGCGAAAAUGUUGCUUAAUUUUUUCUUCCAAAAACAACUGUCGCUUUAAAUAAGGGUUUAACGUUAUGAUAUGUUUUCGCGCUAACAGAAAAAUACAAUAAUAGCAUUUGCCUAAAAUAAUAUUUUUUCAUUGCAUGAAAUGUCGCAUCGAUUGAAUAGAAGGCUAUGAUGAUUAACAAUAACAACUAAGAAAAAAUAACGAGUCACAACUACCUAUUACAGAAAAUGAUCAAUGGAAACAAUAAUAUAUGAUACUUCGUUCUUAGAUUUUGUAAAACAUAUUUAGAUUGUUCAGUUCCACUAUCACGUACUUACAAAUUCUUUGACAGAAAUAUUAAAACCUUUUUGGUAGCAUCUUUAUCUCUGACAAAAACGCAAAGAAAUGCUCAAAAUGUUAUAAACUACAAACAUAUAAUUGUUCAUUUAC